AGCGGCGCGCGCCGGCGCCAAUUGGCGGGCGGCGGGAGCGCGGGGUUUGAUGGGAAGGAGUUGGCGGGGCCUGUCGCUCUGUCAGUGGCGGCUGCUGCGGGCUCCGGAGGCAGGCUGCGUGGUGGUGGCCGAGGCUGGCAGGGGCUGACGCCGGGGCCGGGCUGCGCCCUGUUCUCGCAGCUGUGAAUUCCUUUGGACAAUUGAUGAUAUUUAUCAUUGUGCCCAGUUUCUACAAAUAAAAUAUGGGUGGAUUAUUUUCUCGAUGGAGGACAAAACCUUCAACUGUAGAAGUUCUAGAAAGUAUAGAUAAGGAAAUUCAAGCAUUGGAAGAAUUUAGGGAAAAAAAUCAGAGAUUACAAAAAUUAUGGGUUGGAAGAUUAAUUCUCUAUUCCUCAGUUCUCUAUCUGUUUACAUGCUUAAUUGUAUACCUGUGGUAUCUUCCGGAUGAAUUUACAGCAAGACUUGCCAUGACACUUCCAUUUUUUGCUUUUCCAUUGAUCAUCUGGAGCAUAAGAACAGUGCUUAUUUUCUUCUUUUCCAAGAGAACAGAAAGAAAUAAUGAAGCAUUGGAUGAUUUAAAGUCCCAGAAGAAAAAAAUACUUGAAGAAGUCAUGGAAAAAGAAACUUAUAAGACAGCUAAAUUAAUUCUUGAAAGGUUUGAUCCAGACUCAAAGAAAGCAAAGGAGUUUGAGCCGCCAUCUGCUGGAGCAGCUGUAACUGCAAGACCCGGACAAGAGAUUCGUCAACGAACUGCAGCUCAAAGAAACCUUUCUCCAACACCAGCAGGACCUAACCAGGGCUCUCCUCCACAAGUUCCAGUAUCUCCUGGAGCACCAAAGGACACUUCAGCCCCCGGUGGACCCCCAGAAAGAACUGUUACUCCAGCCCUACCGUCAAAUGUGUUACCAGGAUAUCUUGGAUCCCCUGCUACUUCGGUGCCUGGAAUGGGUCUUCAUCCUCCAGGUCCACCUUUAGCAAGACCCAUUCUCCCCCGAGAACGAGGUGCUCUGGAUAGAAUUGUUGAAUAUUUAGUUGGUGAUGGUCCACAGAACAGGUAUGCCCUUAUAUGUCAGCAGUGUUUUUCCCAUAAUGGCAUGGCUUUGAAGGAAGAAUUUGAAUACAUUGCUUUUCGAUGUGCCUACUGUUUUUUCUUGAAUCCUGCAAGAAAAACCAGACCCCAGGCUCCAAGACUUCCAGAGUUUAGUUUUGAGAAGAGGCAGACAGUGGAAGCCUCAAGCUCAGUCGGUCCCUUGCCAUCAGGAAGUAUGCUUUCCUCCGAGAAGCAGUUUAGUGAAGAAUCUUUAGAAGAACAAGAUGUUCUUGAUAAUAGUACAGAGCAGACAGACGACAAAAUACCAACUACAGAGGAGACAGAUGAAGUGAUUGAAAAAGCAUCUGGCUUAGAGGAACUAGAGGAGAAACAAGAAGAAACCGAUAUUGAGGAAACCUCAAUGACUGAAGCCAAAUCCAUGGUUCCCAGAGCUGAUUCUAUUUCUAAUCCUGAACUCAAUGGAGAAUCUUCAGAGUAGUAAAUGCUUCCAUGUGCCUUCAACUGGAUAUUUAUAGUCUUCUUGAUGUCAGUUAUUGCUUUUUAGGUGGUACAUUUUUCCCCCUCUAACGAUAUGCUUGUGUAACAUUUGAAUUUAGACUAGCUAUUUGAACAUGUCAAAGUUACAUCUACUAGGUGUUAAAAUUAAAAGCAAGUGAUAUCAGUGAAGGAAGAUCUUUUUAAAUGUACAACACUGUUUAGACAUCUUCUAGAUAUUUUUUUGUCCAUUCUAAAAGUAAACACACAUGAUGGGAUCCUUGUUUUCCUGUAAAUAAUACCCAUUUUGACAUAGGAAGAAUUUUGAUUAAGAGUAAAUUCUCUAAUAAUGUUUGUUUUAAGGAAUGAAACUCAAUUAAGAUUUUGAAUACUUCAUUAUUAAAAAUGGAUAAAAUUUAGCUCUUGAGAUAUCUGCCAGCAGGGGGAAAUGUCUAUUUAGGUGUUUACGUUAAGUGGUAUGAAAGUUUUAACUGUAACUACAUAGGCAUUGGUACGUAUUCUCAAUAAGAAUGCAGUUUAACAGUCAAGGGCGGUGUUUCUUUUUGAUGUUUUUUAUUUUGUAGCUGGGCCAAAGGCACAUGAUGUACAUAAUUAGUUUAUGUUUACACAUUAACAUAUAGGAAAUAUUUCUGCACUUGACUGUACUUGAAUUCUAAACAUUAUUUAUACUUGUAAAAUGAUGAUAUAUAAAUGAAUUUUGUGCUCUUGUAUAUAUUUUGUUAAGGAAAAUAAAGAUUAUCCAGCAGCAGUUUCUUUUCGUUAACUAUCUAGAUUUCUUCAAACAGUAUCUUGGUAGAUUUCUUGAUUACUUGAAAAAUAUUAGUAGGAACAGGUCCCAGUACAAUAAAUCCAUAGAUUCUGCUUACAGCAAAUUAUGAUGGUUUUAUUCAGACUUGUUAUCUUUCAAGUUCAGAGAAAUAGUGACAUUUGAAAGUUCUAAUGAGAGGUUAAGUUUUUCUGACUCAUGAGCAUCUUAGGCCUUUUGUACUUUUUAACUUUGAGAAACAAAUAAGUUUCAUGAUAUUAGGCAGUUAGUUGCUGGUAGUUCAUUGAAUUUAACAUUUGUAUUAAGGAUUAACUGGAAAAAUAAUUUUGACUCAGAAUGACAAUUCUUGGAUUUUAAAUACAGUAUUAUUUUAUAGUUUCCUUUUACUUCUCCAACAUUAAAAAAAAUUGAAAUCAAGUUAUUAUGCAAAAAGAAGGAAUAUACCUUUAUAAGAAUGGUGUGUUUGACUGAUGUUUCUAAGUUGCACACAAUUUAUUAAAAAUAGAAUAAAACUUUUAUCAUUUAAAAAUUGUUUUGAUGAUAUAAUAUCCCAUAUUUUAUAGGUAUUUUUAAGGAAUUCAAUUGGUUAAUAGUCUGAGGCAUCUUAGUAUAGUGUACCUAGAGUUUUGAGCCUAAGGAAUUAGGCUUAAGUUCCAGGUCUACAGUCUUGUGCAAGUCACCUAACCUCUCUGAGAUUGUCUUCUCAUUUAGAAAAUGGGAAGAGAAAUACUUGUUUUUCAGGGGUAUUGAAAUAAUUAAAAAUAGUUCAUAUAAUAUGCCUAGCUCACUGCCUGAUAAUGGUAGCAUUUGUUGUUGUUGACACCUUUUUGAAAUAUGGAAGGGCUGUAAAUUGUCCUCUUGCAGAUAAGGAAAUUUAAAAAAUAAUAUGAAUAUAAUUCAGCUGCUCAGAAUAAAGGCCAAAGUUUUCUGCGUUAUCUUUUCUUUAUCAUAUGUAUGUAUAUAAAUACAUAGAAUAAGGAAAUAGGAAACAAACUAUAGAAUAUAGUUUUUUAAAAUAAUCAGUUUUUGGUAUGUUAUUGGCCCUGUACAUUUUAGUAAUAACACCUAGCAGAGUCAUGUUGUUAUAAAACAUUCAAAUUCUGAUGUAUAUUGCUUAUAAAGGAGUAUCUCAGAGAAGUAUAAUUGAAUGAUAGAAUCAAGCAGCUAUUAUGAGAAAUAUUGUUGAAAGAAAUACGGAGGAAGGUUAAAAAGGGGAUUAGGAAUAUUAAUGCAAUAGGUAACAUGGUUGUAACCUUGUAGUAUCCUCUAAAAUAGAAAAGUUUAUUUUGGUAUUGUUGUAAUAAACAGUUUGGUUGACACAGUGGUAAAA